AUGUUGGCAGAAAAUAAGCAGAAAAAUCUCGAGACAUUAGGCAAGAAUUUAAAAAUGAAGGAAAGGUGGAAUCCCUUAUCUGUCGCCUAUAUAAGCGUAAAGCGUUGCCUGUGCAGUGUUGAUACAACUUCAAAAUGCCUGAUCCUUGCUGUAACGAGAAAUGCGUUUGUGCCGAGGGUGUCUGCACGAAGAGCUGCAAGUGCACAAGCUGCAAAUGCUCGUCUGGCUGCGCGUGUCCCUCCAAGGAGGAGUGCGCGACGAGAUGCACGAAGCCAUGCAGCUGUUGUCCAUAGACGUGACUCGACUACUGCCUUCCGCAUGACCAAGCAACAAAAAUAUUUAUUCUUCUAUCUCUCGUAUGUUAUGACUGAAUUAUUGGAAUGUGUCUGAAUAAAUGAAAGAAUGUGAAAA